AUGACUGGAUAUUAUUCAACUAAAAGUACAGGAAGAAAUUUUCAAGAGAUUUGUUCAUUCUUUAGUAAAUAUGACUCUGAAUUUAAUCGAAUGUUUAGUAAUUCAAUAAGCUAUUCCAGUCCUAAAAUUCAAAAUGAAAUUAUAGCCUUAUGUUCUCAAAAUGUCAAAGAUACAAUAUUUUCUGAAAUUAAGGAAACUGGAUUUUUUUCAAUCAUGUGUGAUGAUGCCAGGUGUCACAAAGAGGAACAAAUGUCUAUUUGUGUACGGUAUACAAAAAAAUUUGAAGUGUUUGAGAGGUUUUUAGGAUUUAUAGAUGUUUCCCAAAAACAAGAUGCUGAGUCCCUUACAUCAGCUAUUUUAAACUUCCUUGAGCAAUCAAAUAUCCAAAAUGUUCCAAUUGUAGCCCAGUCGUAUGACGGAGCAGCUGUUAUGUCUGGUAAAAGAGCAGGAGUGCAAACUAAAUUAAAAGAAUAUUACCCAAGUGCCAUCUAUGUUCAUUGUAUGGCUCAUAGAGUUAAUUUAGUUGUCAUAGACAUAUCAUUAUAUGUACAUUUUUCUCGGCCAUCAACUAAUUUUAAAUUGAAAGAAAUGCAAAAUAAACUCAAUAUUAAAGCCACCACAUUAAUGGCCAUAAGUGAUACACGUUGGGUAUGUAGAAUACAGAACUGUGAUGCAGUUUAUAACAAUUUUGAAGUACUUAUUGAAGUUUUAAACGAUGAAGUUGAUUUAAACAAAGACAUGGAUGUAGCUCAGGCUAUAGGCUUAUUAAGUUCUAUUCAAAAAGCAUCAUUUAUAAUUUAUUUAAUUAUACUUCAGGAUGUACUUAAAGUUAUAAAUAUUCUGAGUAACCAGUUACAAAAAAAAACUUCCACAUUAGGUGAAGCGGCUAAUAUUAUUUUUGGAGUUAUUCAAACAUUUGAAAAUUAUAGAAGCUCCAAUAAGUUUUCUGAAAUAUGGUCUAAAAUAACAAAUUUUGCUGAAAAACAUAAUAUACCAAUUGAAACACCUUCUAGAGGCUCUAGUUCUAAGCGUAAAAGAAAAGAAAGCACAUAUUUAAGAGAUUAUUGUACCUCUACUACUACUGGGAAUGAAUACUCAGAAUUUGAUGAGUCUUCUUUAAAUAUAUCGGAUCAAGAAAACUGGAAAAUUAAUGCAUAUUAUAGAAUUCUGGAUGCAAUUAUUACCAGCAUGAAAACUAGAUUUUCAUCUGAAAGCUUACAUUUAGCAUCGUCUGUUGACUGUUUUUUUAAAUUACAAUUCAAAGAAAGUUUACCAUUCAUACAACAUUAUGAGAAAUUGUUGGAUAUUAAUAUUGAAUCGUUAGAAGCUGAAAUGACUGUAAUUAAAAAUAGUAUUCAAAAUUCUGAUUUUGCUCUUAGUGAUGUGUUACAAAAAGUAGACCAGAACGUUUUUGCCAAUUUAUAUAAACUCUUGCAAGUUGCUUUAACUCUGCCCAUCAGCUCUGCUUCUUGUGAACGUUCUUUCUCUGUCAUGCGGAGAAUAAAAACAUGGAUCAGAUCUAGUAUGAACCAGGAUAGAUUUACAGAUAUGUCAAUUUUACAUAUUGAAAGAGAUAUUUCAAAUAUAAUCGAGUCAGAAAACAUUUUAAAUAACUUUGCUUUGAAGAAUAGGCGUAUAGAUUUGUAA